AUCAUUAGUGAUCGGAUCAGCACCGCCGCGUCUUCACUUUUUUGGUCAGUCAAAACCUCUCUCAUAAAGUUUUGAUUGGAUAUAUAUAUCAAUUAAAAUCAUCAAGAUAUUUUUUAUUUUGUUUCUCUUAAUCUUCUUUUUGGCAAAAAGAAAAAGAAGAAAAAAAGACAGAAACUUUAGCAGCAACAUGAUGAGAAGGCAACAGGAUCAACAAUCUAAGCUUCUGUACGAUCUUUCCACAAUGAUUCUUAACAUUCUCCGAUCUCCAACGACGGCGCCGUUCGAGUUUCCCGACCAGUUUCCGGCGCCGGCUAGGCCGCCGAUGCAGCAGAUUAGUCCGGCGGGUUUCGCAUCCCUGCUUCUGGGUAUUUCUAUGGCUUUGAUGCUCUGUGGAUCUGUGACGUUCUUUAUUGGGUUUUUCAUGAUGCCAUGGAUUCUUGGGUUGGUGAUGGUUUUGUAUCUUGCUGGGAUUGUUUCUACUUUGUCAAUGAUUGGACGUGCCAUUUUCUGCCCUAUGCCUAUGCCGCCUUCCUCUCAACCGCCAAGAAAAGAUGUUCAACUAGCAGAGUGAGUGGAAAGUAUGAUGCAAAUACUCACAAGAAGAUCAACUGACAAGAGUAGGAAGAGUGUUUUUCACUUUGCUAAAGUUUGAUAUAUCAGGAAAAACAAAUAGUAUAUUGCUACGAAUUCUCACCCAAUAUGUAACAGAGUUUUGCCCUUUGAGAAUGAAUCAUUGUUUAUAAUGUAUUUAAGGUAAAUAAUAAGUUAUUUUGCAUCAUAGAGUUAUAGUUUAUGAUGAUGAUGAUGAUGAUGCAUGUCACCAAUGAGACCAGGGGCAAGGGUGAACAAGGAACUUGUUUUGUGAAUCCUUAAAGUAGGGGGAGGUUUUACAAACAGUUACUUGUCACCUUUAGUCGCUAAUUCUCAGCAUGUGCAUUCUACCUACUUGAGGAGACAACGUAAUUAUAAGCUUCUCAUCGACAAGCUGUGUGGUCAGUACAUUAAGUUCGAUCAGCUUCUGAAACCGUGCAAUGAUUGGAUAUAGAUGUUACCAAUUAUCUAUUUGGUUAAGAUUUAAAGUUUUCUGUUUAAAUUUGUGAGGGGGCCAUUACAACUCAUUCUUCGGUGGUUUAAGGAAAUAGUAUGACAGAGAAGUCAGCUUUGUUUGCUUCACCAAAUCCAUUCAUUCUAGCUGUAUUAGAGUGCUCUUUUCCUUUUUCGAAAUAGGGUAGAAACUCAGGAGUCGUACUUCCUGUUUGUUUUGUUCCCUCGACAAGUAGUUGUUGCUUCUCAAGAAUGAUUUAUGUGGGAGGUUGAGAUACAAUGUGGUGCAAGAUGUAUUGUCCAGUUCUAUGUGA